AUGCAUGAUAUUGAUGCUGAAGAAGAAGCCCUUCAAAUAGAAAAAGCAAAGCUGAAAAGGAAAAGGGAACAGCUAGAGGUUGAGGCCAAGUUGGCUGUUGCUACAGCUAGAUUGUCUGUGUUUGAAAAUGUGUGUGGUGGUGAGGAUGUGGAGGAUAAUGGAGAGGAUGCCAUGAAUGCCUAUCUUCAUGCUCAUUUGAAAUCACAAACAUCAAGUUGUUUGAACACCGCUCCUGUCUUGCAACUUCCUAAAACUGUCUCUUUCCAACAGGACCAUUCUCUGCCAUUGGCUGUACGGCCUAAAGGAAGGCUGCACAUUUCACAAGCCCAGUCUUUAUUAAGGUCUGAUAAUCCUUUUCCUUCAGUGUCCUAUGCACCAUCUUCUCACAGGUCUGAAGUGCAGGGGAAUGUCCUUGGAACCAGACCUACUAAUGUUGCACCAGCCGGACCUCAGCCGUCGAUCUCACAUAGGAGUCGGCCUACCCACAUGCAUGAGUCGGAUGUACAGGGAAAUGGAUCCAGAUUUACCAAGGCUUUGACCACAGGAUUUUCGCCACUGACCACACAAGGGAGUAUACGUAUGCAAUCACAGUCGCAUCAUCAUUGCUCUCUUGAUAAUGUUCAACAUCCUACUCUGUAUGACCUUAUGCAACAGCAAACUAACAUCACUGCUCAGCUGGUUCAGAAUCAAGCCUUAGCCUCUCUUCCGCCACGAACUAUCCCAGAGUUUGAUGGUGAUCCACUUAAAUAUGCUGCUUUUAUUAGAGCUUUCGAGCAAGCUAUUGAAAGGAAAACUACAAAUAAACAAGAAUGUCUUUAUUACCUUGAGCAAUAUACCAGAGGGCAGCCAAGAGAACUGGUUCGGAGUUGCUAUAACAUGGCUCUUGGGCAGGGCUAUGAGAGAGCAAAGAAUCUAUUAAAAGAACAUUUUGGAAACGAAACGAAAAUUGCUGUAGCUUAUAUGGAGAAGGCUAUGACGUGGUCUACAAUGAGGGUUGAUGACAUUGAUGCUCUGCAGUCUUUUUCAAUCUUUUUAAGGGAUUGUUGUAAUGUCAUGGAAGAUUUGCAGCAUAUGGAGGAGUUGAAUGUGCCAUCCAAUCUUCGCCUGAUAAUGAUGAAGUUGCCAUAUAAACUGAGAGAAAAAUGGAGGUCUGUCGCCUGGGAGCUACAGGAGCGCCGUGGUUACAGAGCUAUGUUCCCAGACUUUGUGGUCUUCAUUGAGCGUCAGAUAAAGAUUCUGUCUGAUCCUCUCUUUGGUGACCUACAGGGUAUGCCACCAGACCUUUCCUCUAACCCCAAGAGUAGACACACUGGAAGAGGCCAAGCUACUGUUGCUGCCAUCAAUACUGCCUCAGGAUCACCCACAUCAGCAGCUUGGUACCAACAGCGCAGAGGGCCAGUUUCACAAAGGAAUGUCGAAGGGUCAUGCUGUGUGUGUAAGAGUCAGCAUUCAGUGGAGAAGUGUUCACAGCUCGAUGAGAUGACGCACAGGGAGAAAUUGGAGGCUUUGAAAGUAGGCAGAGUGUGUUUCAGCUGUCUGAGGAGAGGUCAUAUGAGCAGGGAAUGUGACAAGCCUUUGACAUGUGAUAUAUGUAAACACAAACAUCCAACUGUCCUACACAUUGAAUCUAAAACACAGGAAGUGUCAGUCAAUAAUGCAUCUGUGUCAUUGGAGACAUGUGGCCAUACUGGGGCCGGAAGUGAUGAAUGUGUUCUCGCUAUUGUGCCUGUACAGGUGAAGGCCAAGUCCGGGAGCACAAUAAUGAACACCUAUGCCUUUCUAGACCCGGGGAGUUCAGCUUCUUUCUGUACUCAACAUCUCAUGAGAAAACUGAACCUUUCAGGAGUCAAGACUAGCAUUCUUCUUUGUACUCUUGGCCAAGAGAGGUCUGUAGACACAAUCUUGCUUAGUGGUCUGGAGGUUUCUGGCUUGAAUGGAGAAAACUUCCUGGACUUACCUGAAGUCUACACUCAGAGGACCAUGCCUGUGAGUAGAAAUAACAUUCUUACUCAACAGGACCUAGAGGGAUGGAAAUACCUCGAAGGCAUUACAGUUCCCAGUUUUGAGGCAGAGGUGGAAUUGCUGAUAGGCACCAAUGCACCGAAGCUCAUGGAACCACGGGAAAUAAUAAAUAGCCAAGGUGAAGGACCAUAUGCUGUCAGGACUCUACUGGGGUGGGUUGUGAAUGGUUCGCUGAGAGGUGGUGAGCCGCGUAAAGGCAAGAUGGGCCGUCCUGCUGUCACUGCCAAUAGGAUCUCAGUCCCAAAGCUAAAAGAGCAAAUUUAUGAACUUGAGAGUGUCAGGGAAGAAACAGAAGAUUCUGUGGCAUCUCUACAGGCUCAGCUGGAGAAGAUGGAAAGUGCUGAUACUGUUGAAGCUGAACCGCCGUUUGAGAAUCUGGGAAAGGACACACGCAUGAUCUCGCUGGAGGAGGAACUUCAACAGCUUAAAGAAGAGAUGAAGCGAGUAAAGGCCCAGAGCAACGAACUGCAAGGUAAAAACUAUGCCACAGUGGAAGCUCUAUCUGCUACUGUGAGGCUGAGUGAAGAAAGAUUGAGCCAGGCCAAGGCCGCACAGGGUGAAGUUGAGCAGCAGCUGAGCUCUUUCCAGACAGACACCAGAAAAGCUUUCCAGAUGCUGUUCCCUCACCUCAACAUAGAAAUGCAUCAGACAAACUGGCUGGAAGCAUUCACACAUGAAGAACAGAAGAACCUUAAAGAAAAUCAGCAGAGUCCAGCAGAACAGCAGCACAUAAUGUCCAGCUCAGAUGUGACGGAUCUGCUGCAGAAACUCAUCCUAUCGGAAGAGAGACAGAGGUUACUUCAGGCCGAGUGUGAGCAGUACAGAUCAACUCUUAGUGAAAUGGAGAGCACGCUGAAAGUACUGCAGAGUAGUGUGGAGGAUGGCGAGCUCACGUGGAAGUCAAAGGUUUUAGAUGUCGAGAGGCAAAAACAGACGGCUCUGGAACUGGUGAAGGUCCUGGAGGAGACGAUAAAUGUGGAAAGACAGGACACCAAUCAGCUAAAGGGCCAGGUGAUGCCUUUGGAAGCCCAGCUGGAGAAACAACUGGAAUCCAUAACCAUCAGUCAGACGUAUGCAGAAGAAAUGUCUCAGCUGAAGGCAUCGUUGUCAGAAACUCAGGACCAGCUGGUAUCAGCAAAAACAGAGCCUCAGUGGGCAGAACUUUCAUUGGUCAAGCAGGAGCUACAGGAAGUGAGUAGAGUGGAGAACGAGAAGAGCGCACAGUCCACUCAGGUGCAGAAAUGCGAUAGGGAUCUCGAGGCUCAGUCAGAAAGGCUGAAACCUGCUGGAGAAGGGCAAACUGAAGAGGGAGAGAAAACUGGGUUGUUGAAUCAUAUAAUGGAGCUAGAGGGUCUUCUAGAAUCAAAUAAUGCUGCAGAAGUGGAUGAGACCAAAAAGAAGCUUUUCUGUUGGAGACAUUGUGGUCAUAAUGGAUCCUGUCGCUCAACAAGGGUCCUGGCAGAUGGAAAAAAAAAAUUACACCGACGUACCCUGACAAGAAAGGCUUCGUCCGCUCAGUGCUGCUGA